AUGUCAGACGUUGCUCCUGCCGAAGGUUCAAGCGAAGGGAAAGACGAAUCUCCGAUCUCAGUCGAUGAAUUGGUCGACGUCUCAACUGAAAACGUCUCAGAAGAGGAAGUAGUUACUAUAGAUCCUGCCUCCGUCUCCUUGGUGUCAUUGCCACUGUCGAUAGAUAGCACAGUAUCCUCAGGGUCCUUAUCGACGUGGGGCGGGGCCGUGGCGAAGCUUGGGGAGACUGUUGGCGUCUGGGCUGGCCCUGGGAGAGGGGAGAAACAGUCUGCUGGGGAAGGGGGUGUAACUUGCAGACUCGGCAACACGCUGGUCGUCUCAAUAGGCAACGGAGUCGUCACCGGCGUCGGCUUGAGUGGCAGAGAGACUACAGACAUGGACGACUCGAUGCCGGACGAGGAGAGGAUCGCCACCGCUUCAGAGGGCGAGACGGCAACCGCAGUCCCGUUUUCGGUGGCACUUGACACCAGAUUAACAGAGGUGACAGUGCCAAAGGGUAGGAUGGUGACACCAUCUUCUUUUCCUACUGCAGAUUCGCGUGGUAGUUCCAGCAUCACCAUCGCCCUCUACAUCACCGCUGCCUUUUGGUAUUUCAGUUGCACUCUCACCAUCUUUGCUUGGUAUUGCUUCCCCGUCCCCACUAUAUGCUUCACCAUCUUCGUCAGUGAAGAUGCCACCUCCAUCGGCACUGCCUACAGUUGUGACAUUAUCGGCAUCAACUGCAGGGCCAUCAGCAUCGCCACUGCUAACGCCAGUGUCAUCACCAUCAGAGCCUAUAGUGUCUACAGCAUUUACGACCCACUUUCAUCGAAGCCAUUGGCACUGCCUACAGUUGUGACAUUAUCGGCAUCAACUGCAGGGCCAUCAGCAUCGCCACUGCUAACGCCAGUGUCAUCACCAUCAGAGCCUAUAGUGUCUACAGCAUUUACGACCCCACUUUCAUCGGCAGAUGUACCAUCUUCACUGCUAAUUGUUGUGGUGACGCUGUUAUCUUCACCAUUAACUUUCUCGUUCUGUCCUGUCACUAUCACCGCUUCCACUAUCAUCGCCAGUGUCGACGCUCUCAUCACCACCUUCGUUAUUGCCAUCAUAACUCCCAGCUACAGUGCCAUCACCACUGCUGAAAGCAGUAUCUUCACCAUCUUCACCAUUGCCAUUAAAGCCACCACUUCCAAAAAUGGUAUCACCGCCAUUGUCAUCACCAUCAUCACCAUCAGUAGUGUCGUUGCUAUAACCAUUUCCAACAAUAGCGCCAUCUCCACUGCCAACAAACACACCGUCGCCACUGCCAACAACAGGGUCACCACCACUACCAAGACCUCCGUCUCCUCCAAUAACAGCAUCAUCACCGCUGCCAACAACAGUGUCAUCACCACUACUAGCAACAACGCCAUCACCACUACCAACACUAGCGCCAUCACCACUGCCAGCAACAGUGUCAUCACCACUACUAGCAACAACGCCAUCACCACUACCAACACUAGCGUCAUCACCACUGCCAGCAACAGUGCCAUCACCACUGCCAGCAACAGCGUCAUCACCACUGCCAGCAACAGCGUCAUCACCACUGCCAACAACAGUGCCAUCACCACUGCCAGCAACAGCGUCAUCACCACUGCCAGCAACAGUGUCAUCACCACUGCCAACAACAGUGUCAUCACCACUGCCAGCAACAGUGUCAUCACCGCCAACAUUAGCGUCAUCACCACUGCCAGCAACGACGUCAUCACCACUACCAACACAAGCGUCAUCACCGCCAGCAACAGUGUCUCCCUUGUCACUACUGCCAGCAACAGCGUCAUCACCACUGCCAGCAACAGCGUCAUCACCACUGCCAGCAACAGCACCAUCACCACUGCCACAACAGCACCACCACCACUGCCAGCAACAGCGUCAUCACCACUGCCAGCAACAGCGUCAUCACCACUGCCAGCAACCACCACUGCCAGCAACAGCGUCAUCACCACUGCCAGCAACAGCGUCAUCACCACUGCCAGCAACAGCGUCAUCACCACUGCCAGCAACAGCACCAUCACCACUGCCAGCAACAGCGUCAUCACCACUGCCAGCAACAGCACCAUCACCACUGCCAGCAACAGUGCCAUCACCACUGCCAGCAACAGCACCAUCACCACUGCCAGCAACAGCACCAUCACCACUACCAGCAACAGCGUCAUCACCACUGCCAGCAACAGUGCCAUCACCGCCAACAUUAGCGUCAUCACCACUGCCAGCAACAGCGUCAUCACCACUGCCAGCAACAGCGUCAUCACCACUGCCAGCAACAGCGUCAUCACCACUGCCAGCAACAGUGUCAUCACUGCCAACAUUAGCGUCAUCACCACUGCUAGCAACAGCGUCAUCACCGCCAGCAACAGUGCCAUCACCACUGCCAGCAACAGCGUCAUCACCACUGCUAGCAACAGUGCCAUCACCGCUGCCAGCAACAGCGUCAUCACCGCCAACAUUAGCGUCAUCACCACUGCCAGCAACAGUGCCAUCACCACUGCCAGCAACAGCGUCAUCACCGCCAACAUUAGCGUCAUCACCACUGCUAGCAACAGCGUCAUCACCGCCAGCAACAGUGCCAUCACCACUGCUAGCAACAGCGUCAUCACCACUGCUAGCAACAGUGCCAUCACCGCUGCCAGCAACAGCGUCAUCACCGCCAACAUUAGCGUCAUCACCACUGCCAGCAACAGUGCCAUCACCACUGCCAGCAACACAACAGCGUCAUCACCGCCAGCAACAGUGCCAUCACCACUGCCAGCAACAGCGUCAUCACCGCCAACAUUAGCGUCAUCACCACUACCAACAACAGCGUCAUCGCCACCGCCAAUAUUUUCAAUAUCUGGUACCAUCGCCACCUCCACUACCAACAUCACUGCCAUCAUCUCCACUGCCAACAACAGUGCCACCACCGCUAGCGACAGAAUUAUUUCCAUGAACGCCUACCACACCAGUUUCAUCUCCAUCCCCACUGGCAACACCGAUGCCAUCACUCUCUCCGGACCCAACACCAGUGCCGCUGCCAACGCCAGUAUCGUUUCCAGGAGGGCCUUCCAUACCAGUGCCAUCAACACCUCCACUACCAACACCUGUAACAUGCUCUUCAACACUGCCACCAUCAUCUCCACUGCCAACAGUAUUGUUGUCAUUUCCUGCAGCUGUUUCUAUGUCAGUACCAUCACCAUCAUCAGCCUUUCCAUCAGUGCCAACGUCAGCGUCAUAUCCACCGUCCGCACCAGCCUCCUCACUUAA